UCCCUCAGGCGCAUUACAUGACUAUUCUACCUAACAACCUACUCGUUCAUCCGCCUCAUUCUUCUCCCCUCAGAGGCUUUGAGCUCAUCCAAAUGCCCGAAAAUCUAGCACUCUAAUUUUAGAACCCCAAAACCAAAAACCAACCACGCAUAUACACAAAACACAACGCACACACUCAAAUGGAUAAUCAGCCAAAACACUCCUCUAUUGGAUCCAAUCUUGCCCUUCUCUCCUUACUCUUGGCUAGUGCUGUUUAUCUUUGUAUAUGGUCUUCUUCAUCCUACCUCAUAAACCCUCUCUUUAGCUUUCAGAAACAUGACGCCCAAUGCCCAUCACAGAAUCCAACCACCACCACCACCACCACCACAACCACAUUUAAUGUGGCUCCAGAUGAGCUUUUGGCCACCCUGGACAAGGCCUCGAUUGGCAACAAGACUGUGAUCAUUGCUGUUAUAAACAAGGCCUACGCAGUCCAAGAGGUCAAGGCAGACACCACCAUGCUUGACCUUUUCAUCGAGAGCUUUUGGCAAGGGGAGGACACUAGGCAUCUGCUUGAUCACCUUGUGCUCGUGGCGGUUGAUCAGACGGCUUACGAUCGCUGCCAGUUUCUGAGGCUCAACUGCUACCGGCUGGAAACGGACGGUGUUGAUUUUGGGGGAGAGAAGCUUUACAUGUCUCAAGAUUUCAUCAAGAUGAUGUGGAGAAGAACUUGGUUUCUGUUGGAGGUUCUAAAACGCGGUUACAGCUUCAUAUUCACGGACACUGAUAUUUUGUGGCUAAGGAACCCGUUCUCAAGACUAAACAUGAACGAAACUGAGGAUUUACAAAUAAGCACAGAUAUGUUCUUCGGAGAUCCAUGGAACGAAAAACAGCUAAUCAACACUGGCUUCUACCACAUCAAAUCGAACAAUAAGACCAUUGCACUGUUUGAUAGAUGGUACACCAUGAAGGACAAUGCCACGGGACAAAAAGAGCAGGAUGUCCUAUUAGACCUAAUCCGAGGGGGUAUCAUUGGGGAGCUGGGACUUAGGGUUAGGUUCUUGGACACCCUCUAUUUCAGUGGCUUUUGCCAAGAUAGCAAGGACUUUGGGGCAGUGACCACCGUCCAUGCCAACUGUUGCCGGAGCAUCGUGGCCAAGGUUAAGGACUUGAAGGCUGUCCUCCGGGACUGGAAGCGGUUCAAGAAGACCACGGCCCAGAAAACAACUGCCGGUUUAGCAGCAGAUGGUUUCCAAUGGUCAGGCCACUGGGGAUGCUGGAAUUCAUGGAAAGUUCCUAAUAACACUGAGAAAGCAACUCAUAAGGCAUGAAUGGUCUAAAGAGAAAGAUUAAUCAUAAAAGAAACAAAUAGUUUGUUUUUUUUUCCUAGGUGUAAGGGUAAGUUCUCUACCAAUAUAAGCCUCCAGACAAAUAGUUCGUUGAAUACAUCUUAGGUUAUCGCUU